AGUCAAACGGAGGCUCUGCACAGCUGGUCUGUCUGGCCGUUUGUCUGAUUCAGUCCAUGCUCCAGUCCAUCUCCUCGCGGCACCUCCUCCCCCCCCCCGCUCUGUACGUCGCGCUGCCUCUUCUGCUUCUUCAUCUGCUCCAUCUUCCCGUUCGUCUUCUCGUUCUCAUGAUGUUCAUGUCGAUGUCGAUGUUUGCGCUCUCGUUCGUGGUUGCCAGACUUUAGCAGGCUUUUCGUUCGUCCGUUCGUCAGUUCAGCAGCGCCCGGAGGCGUUGCUGCGGAGUCUGGAUUGGAUUGGGUGAGAUUAGAGUGGAGCAAGGGGAGGAUUUUAUAUUUUUUUAGCGCGGAGUGCAGCAGCAGCGGAUUGGAAUCGUGAGCAUUGCGUCGCCAUUCAUUCGCGCGACGAGGUCGUGCCGCACGGGAGGAAAGAAAGAAAGAACCGCGAGCGAUCUCUUUCCCCCGACGAUGCGCUGCUGUUGCUGCUGCUCCUCCUCCUCCUCCUCGUCCCCCCUCGUCUGAUCGCUGCACUCGCUCGAUUGCACGAGGUGAGCUGCCACCGAGAGGGAUCGGGUGGAAUUCCGAGCAGGGGCGGGCAGCAUUGCCUGGCAUUGCGCGUCGGUGGGGUUGGCGCUGCCGCUGCGAUGGGAGCUCGGCGCUCGCGCCUCCCCGCUGCCCUUUCCCCGGGCUGCUCGUCCAUGCUCGCCCGUCUAGCUUAAGCGACGCGCUCGCAGGUGGCUGACGCACGGGAAUUCGGAUUAUGGUUGCGCUUGUGCCAGCGGCGACUGCAGGUGCGGCCGUAUGCGAGUAGUUGACAGUUUUCCGCACGGACGAGGCCGCAGGUGUCGUAGUGGUAGCUGCCGCAGGAGGGAGAGGGAGAGAGGGAGAGAGGGAGAGGGAGGGAGGGAGGAGGAGGAGGCGGUGGGGGCAAACUUAUGUCUAACCAUGACGUCCGGGAGCGCCACGCCCAAGCCAAAGCGCAGGUUGCCGGUCUUCGGGAGCGACUUCAGGAGAGUCGAUCUCGUAAAGCGGAUACGGAUGUGGCGACGUAUGCAAGAGGUAAUGGGCGGUCGGCUGUGAAAUUCAGUGACGAUUUCAGGCUCUGCAAGACUCUCCAAGGUCAUACGGGAAAGAUUUAUUCCCUCGACUGGGCCUAUCAAGCGGAAGACCGUAUUGUCAGUGCUUCUGGAGAUGGAAGACUCAUCGUUUGGAAUGCACUUACGAGUCAGAAGACACACGCUAUCAAGUUGCCGUGUCCCUGGGUCAUGGCUUGUGCGUUCUCGCCUAGGGGACGUUCAGUUGCGUGCGGGGGACUUGACAACAUGUGUUCCAUUUUCAACCUAAGCUCUCCACCUGAUGCGGAUGGGAAUCUUCCAGUGUCGCAGACUUUGUCUGGGCAUAAGUCCUACUUGUCUUGCUGUCGAUACGUGCCUCACAGUGAUAAUAACAUCAUAACCAGCUCCGGUGAUGAAACUUGCAUACUUUGGGAUGUGGACAGGAGUCAAAAAAUUUCCACAUUUGGUGGUGAAGCGACCUCUGGCCACACUGCGGCAGUAAUGAGCGUUUCUGUGAGCACGGUCAGUACCCCUCAAGUGUUCGUAUCGGGGUCCUGUGACAAGACUGCAAGGCUUUGGGACACACGCAUGAAAAGUGCACCUCAAACAUAUCAAGGGCAUGACGGGGAUGUGAAUGCAGUCUGCUUCCUUCCUGACGGAAAACGCUUCGGAACGGCUUCGGAUGAUGGAACAUGUCGGUUAUUCGAUACUCGUACAGGUUACCAGUUGCAGAUGUACAGCCAUCCUCGAGGAGAUUCAGUGAAAGUGCUAGCAGUAGCGUUCUCAAGUUCAGGACGCCUAAUGUUCGCUGCAUAUGACAACGAAGAUUGUUAUGUUUGGGACACAAUAAUGUCAGAGGUCGUAACGAAUUUAGCUGAGCACAGACAUGGCCAUGAGAAGCGGAUAAGCUGCUUGGGUUUAUCCAGAGAUGGAAGUGCACUCUGCACAGGAAGUUGGGACAAUACCCUGAAGGUCUGGGCCUUCUCAGGUCGGAGAAAUCGUGACUAAGGACGAGGCAGAGUUACAAACUUCCUCCUCCAUACAAGAAGCUGCAAACUUUGUCCUUGAUUCGUUCGCUCCUUUAUGUCUGUCCGGGGGUUCUUAUUUUUUUGACCUUUUAUGGGCCUCGACAGUCUUAACACUAAGAUCUACCUUGCAACCAGUUUGCUUACAGUGCAUGGACUGCAGACGUUGCAUUUGCAAGUAGGCGAGAGCUUUGACUUCUCUCGUGUCAAAGGAGAGUCCAGAGACUGCGGCACACUCCAAUCUAGUUGAAAGGUGCAAAAACGAGUCGACUGCCUUUAGCUGAGGACCAGAUGGCACAUCGUGGAUGAUUGGAUUUGAGGCUCAAAUCCGUUCCAUGAAGGAAACGACUUUGGAACUGCAAGGAGUUUUCGUGUCUUGCGAGUGCAUGCGAAGUGCUGUGCGCAUGCCCGGAUGUAGUGUAUAUAGACUGGAGUACAUCAGUGUUUCAUGAGGUCUAAUGUCAGGCUGAUUAGCCCACCACGUUAGGACCAUGUUUCAUCCCAUUAUUUGUUCAAGAGAAUUAUAAGACUUCUUGGAACUUUACCUUCUGAGAGAUAAUCAAGCAUCAUCUCAUCAACCUUUAUACCUGUCUUGGUCGACCUACGGCGAGACAGCCCUCCACGAACCGAAUCCCAUUUAUUAUCGCUUCAUUUGUUCUGAAUCCAGGGAACGAAAGCAUGUGCGCAGCUGUGACACAAGGUUUUACCUCUGGCACUUGCGCCACUGCAGAAGUCUCCCGGAAGUUGUUGACUUGAAUUUCCAUGUCGUUGACCCACCUUCGUCCUGUUUUAAUUAUAGUGUUAGAGUCUCUGUUCCACCAGCGCACUAUGAUAGCACUCCAGCUAAAAGAUGCCCC